AUGCCUAGAAGAAAAUCCAUACUUAAAAUAAUAAUUUUAGGAGAUAGCGGGGUAGGGAAGACAUCACUUAUGAACCAGUUCAUAAAUAAAAGAUUCACUAACCAAUAUAGAGCUACAAUUGGAGCUGAUUUUUUAACAAUGGAAAUGACGGUGGAUGAUAAAGAGGUUACUUUACAAAUUUGGGAUACCGCAGGUCAAGAGAGAUUCCAGAGUCUUGGAAAGGCGUUUUAUAGGGGAGCUGAUUGUUGUAUGCUGGUUUAUGAUACUACAAACCAGAAGACUUUUGAGUCAAUUGAGUCGUGGAAGUCAGAGUUUCUGAUUCAAGUGGAUCCUAAGGAUCCAGAUUCCUUUCCGUUUGCUCUGAUAGGGAAUAAAAUAGACGAUGUUGAGAAUAAAAAGGUCAGCACAAACAAGGCUUUGAGCUGGUGUAAAGCCAAUAAUGAUAUACCACACUUUGAAACUAGCGCAAAAACUUCUCUUAAUGUGGCAAACGCUUUCAACGAAAUCGCAAAAAAAGCUAUACUGAGGGAUAUACAAGACGACGAGGUUUAUAUCCCAGAUACGCUACUUUUGGACCAAAGAAAUGUACAAAGAUCCUCAGGAAACUGUUCGGGAGGAAUCUCGAACCUAACCCAAUGCCUUUUCUAA